CGCAAAACACAGCCAGACGGUUUCAGGAGACCAAAUGCCAGCUUCAUUGAAAAAGCUCCGUUAUCGAGAAUAGAGACAGGAGGGACAGACGUUUCCAGUGUGCAGACACACACAUAAUAAUACACAGAAAACUCUGGGGAACUCGGGGAAAAGGACAUUUUCACAGCCUCAAGAACUUCGGUAGGAGAAAGCAGAAAGAAGACAAAUCGUUUCAAAUAUAAAUCAAGGGCAGUGGACACGCGGGAGUUGAUUAUUCAUUCCGAUAACUUGUGGAAUUAUAAGGGUAACAAAAAAUUUAAAAAACUACCUCUCCGCCAUUUCAUAUUUGUAUUAAAUUGUUCAUUUUCUUUAAAAUUUUCUUUUAUCACCUGUCCUCGGAAGAGCUGACAGCCAGACGGUGUAGUAGAAUUGCAGUGCAGUGCGUAAAGAAACUGAACGCAGCACCAGGAGACGGAACAGCUCACUGCGUUUACCAACAAGAGACAGUGAGGAGGAGUGAGAGAGACAGACUGAUUUUUUUGUAUUCUUGUAUUUUUAUAUCAUAUUUAUUAAUUUAUAGCCUACGCGAACAUAUUUAUUUUUUUCCAUUGUUGGUUCUGUUUGGGUCAGAUUUUUUUUCUUCUUCAUUUUUUGGAAUAUGGUUGGGGAAAUGGAAUCGAAGGAGAAACCUAAGCCCACCCCAGACUAUCUCAUGCAACUCAUGAAUGAUAAGAAACUGAUGAGCAGCCUACCCAACUUCUGCGGGAUUUUUAACCACCUCGAACGGCUGCUUGAUGAAGAGAUCAGCCGGGUGCGCAAGGACAUGUACAACGACACGCUAAACGGCAGCACAGAGAAGKGGAGCAGRGAGCUCCCUGACGCAGUGGGCCCCAUCGUGCAGCUCCAGGAGAAGCUCUUUGUCCCUGUUAAAGAGUACCCCGAUUUUAACUUUGUGGGCCGGAUCCUGGGACCACGGGGGCUGACAGCCAAGCAGCUGGAGGCAGAGACAGGAUGUAAAAUCAUGGUGCGUGGAAAAGGCUCCAUGAGGGACAAGAAGAAGGAGGAGCAGAACCGAGGAAAGCCCAACUGGGAGCACCUCAAUGAGGACCUGCAUGUCCUGAUCACGGUGGAGGACGCUCAGAACCGCGCUGAGAUCAAGCUGAAGAGGGCCGUGGAGGAGGUCAACAAACUACUGGUGCCUGCGGCGGAGGGAGAGGACAGCCUGAAGAGGAUGCAGCUGAUGGAACUGGCCAUCCUCAACGGCACCUACCGAGACGCCAACAUCAAGUCACCUGCCCUUGCCUUCUCUUUUGCAGCGAACGCCCAGGCGCCCCGCAUCAUCACCGGCCCCGCCCCUAUGCCCCAGAAUUCCCUGCGCACACCCACCCCGGCCGGCCCCACCCUAAUGCCCCUGAUCCGACAGAUCCAGACCUGCAUGCCCAAUGGCUCGCCCCACCCGGGCGUCAUGACCCAGGGUCCCGAGUCGGGCCUCAUAUACGCGUCGCCGUACGAUUACCCCUACACGCUGGCCCCUGCCACCUCUAUCCUUGAGUACCCCAUCGACUCCAGCGGGGUGGUUAGGCUAGGAAUGCCGUGCCGCCUGGACGAGGUUGCCCGGCAGCCCCCCACCAACACUACACCCCACGGCCAGUGGAAUCCGCCGCCCCACGCUGACUCCGCUUGUUUUGGUCAUGUUGUUGCAAUCCGAGCAGGUGCAGUGACUACUAAAGUUCGAAGGCACGAACUGCGGGUCCAUCCUUACCAAAGGAUAGUGACCGCAGACAGAGGUUAGUUUAGCUCCUACGCUUUUGUGUUUUAUUGCUAAUGCCUGCUCACUGUUGGUCCUGAUCUGUUUUGCAAUAUGUACAAAUUGUUAAGCUAGUCGUCCCAGUUUGUGAUGUGAUGCAACAUUCUGCACCCCCUUCCUAGUCUUGGCCUCUGAGAACGUUUAUUUAGGUGAUUCUGAGGAAUAGUGACCACAACACAGUAGGAUAAUGAUGCUUUUGCAAUCUAGGUAGAGACACAAACACGCAUACCUGCAUUUAUAAAACAAACUCCUCCACUCCAUUAUUUCGAUGACUUUAUGAAUCUGACAUGAUGUUGAUGACAAAUAAUGGACUUCUAAAAGAAAGAAGAUAUAAUUAUCUGUGUUUUAGUUUGCCCCUCUGUGGAACGAGAAGGUUGCAAUUUUAUGCACUUAAGUCUUCAACUCCUUAUUAAGUGGAUAAUGUUACAUUAUAAUUGAUCAAGUAUGUCCAUUUUGUAUUUAUUUGUUUGCGGAAAUUACUUUUUGGAGAAUCUGACCCAUUUUAUUGUCAAAGACAACACAAAAGUAGUGGGUGUAGACCUGUCAUGUCCUAUUUGUUUUUUUCACUGUCUAAUUGGACUGCAGUAGCUUCCCAUUUUCACUACAGUAAUUUAGAAACAAAAUUAAAAUGUUUAUUUAGUGUCAAAAGUCUCAACAACGGCCUUAUGAGUAGAGAGGAGUGGACUCGUGGUGGGCUUUAGACUGGAAAUAGCUUAUUCUGCAGAUAGGUAAACAAACACAACUGCCAAACCCUUUACUCUCUGAAGUCUACCCAUUUCCUGCCCUCUUUAUUUAAGUCCAUGCUUUUACUACCCUCACUGAAUGUUGAGAAUAACUGAGGAAGUUAUUUGAGAAGAAACCAUGUGUGAAGUUACACAGGCAACUAGGAUCUGCAGUCUACAGUGUCUUCUCUUGUUCAUCCUUAGACCUCAGUGCUUCAUACAACACGUGUGCCUCGUACAUACACACACUGUGUAUCAUCACAUUUACAUUUCAUUACAGAUAAUUACUCGUGACCUAAUCAAGGAAACGGUUGCAAUGUGCCAGGAGAUUUGACGCCAAUGCCAAUUGAUAACAGCCGUGUAUUUAUCAAUAAGGCUACAUUUUAGUACAUACAUUGAAAUAGAACAAUCCAGUGAAAUUAAAUGAAAGUUCAAUACCCAAAUUAAUGAAUCACCUUUUUUUGCUGCUAAAUGAUAUGGAACAAUUAAAGAGAGAGUUCACCCAAAUGACAAAAUAACAUAUUUGUUUCUUUACCCUGUCAGCAGUCGGACAAGGUAUGACACAGCAACACAUGUUUUGGUUUAGUUUCCCUGACACUGUUUCCACAGUAAUCCAUUUUGUAAUUUGGGUGAAUUAUCCCUUUAACGUAUAGCACUGUAUGUUCAUCGUGUACAGUCACAGCGUCGCACUUUAUACGUUGUUGGACAUUGCUUGAAUCCUUAUACUCUUGAAAAGAAAACAUAUUUAUGCCUAUCAUCAACAUGAUCCAUCACAGUAAUGAGUCAGUGAUAUUCUUUACAAAAAAAGUUCAGAGACACACAGUAUAUUAUACAAACUGUAUCUAAGGAUAUUCAGAUUUCACUGUAGAGCAGACUGUGAAUUGCCUCUGAAAACAUUACAGACCGAAUCUGCCCUAAAACAAAUGAGUAAUGUAAAAAAUAACUGUAACAUGGAGUUACUUAAGAAGUGCAUAUUAUUACUAAAAGGUCAAACCUUAAUCAACAGUUAAAAAUAUGAUAAUGGUAACGGAUAGGUAACACUGACAUAAUUAAUGAGAAACCAACAUCAGAUUAAAUUGCACAAAGGCCUGUAUUUAAUCUACCUCUUCAUAGGUUUGGCCCCGUACUCUGAUUAACAGUUUUACAACAUUAAGAGUUUGGUCAACACUUUAUCCAAACGUUAAGGUAAUACAAUAUAAUAUGAUUGACAUUUGAUUCAGUGCGGUUCGGAUGGUGAACCAUGAGGCAGGUGGAUUGAGUGCAGGCCAACCAGUCAAACCUGUGUGUUUAGAGGCAGGCUGUCUCUGAUGGAGGCAGGGGAGGAGGCAGAUGUAAAAUGGCAUCUGAAAUGUGGGUUUCUUUAUCAGCUCAUGUUGGCAAAGAUGUUGAACAGUCUCAGUAUAGUAUCAAAUAAGUGCAUAAAUUUGGGUCUAGAGAUUUAUACAGUAUAUUCUGAUUUAGAUCUUCCUCUGGACAUUUUACAGUGCAUUUGAAAGCGUUUACAACAGCUCUCACGUUUUCUCAAACUCUUAGUACAGUAAGAUGUACAGUCUCUUGUCAAUCUGGUGAAGAAGCCACACCUUUCUUCAUUUUGCUUCGUUUGAAAAGAGAGACUACGCCACAGAACUUAUUUUGCACUGAAUGAUUUUAAAAAGUCAAACGCAUUUUUCAUCUCUUCUGGUCCAGUCAGAAGGGCAGACAUGUUUAAAAAGUGAAAACUACGACAAACCUCAGACGAUGAAAUGAGUAAAGUAAUACAUGUAUGAUCUAAGCUGAAGAAGUCUUAAACGGACCACUGUGGAGUGGACAGAGAAUUCUAGGGUCCACUUGAUGGAUGAGAAAUUGCCAGAGUAUGAAUGCAUUUAUUGAGAAGAAAAAUCACCUUGAGACAUUUUUUUUAUGUUUUACUGUAAGCUUCUUUUUAUUUGUUGUUGUUGCAAAGAAAAUAGUAUAUACUUGUGGCUUCUUGAAAUAUAUAUAUAAAUAUAUAUAUUAAAAAUAUAAAGCAGGAAUGUAUAUGAAAUGUCAGAUUUUACUUGUAUUUUGCAAAGAAAUAGCAAGGAUUAUUCUAGAGGGCUAUUUGUAGGAAAGACACAUAGCAGCUUUAUAGAACCACUUUAGAAAAUGUCCUAUAUUUUUGAAUAUAUUUUAGGGCUUUAUACAAAAGACAGGACCUUUUCAGUGUUUAUAUGCAAGUGCAUUUUAUAUUAUGUGUCCUGUGAAUUGUCUAUUGUCUCCUAAGCUGAGGGUACCGGCUGAAGUGACAGCUUUAGCAUGCUCACAGCUUAAACUUCCAUGGCUAGUGUGCUAUUCUAGAAAAUACCAUGUAGUGUUGCUUUGUAUCAUUAAGGCAAAGAUUUUCAUGUUUGUUGUAAAUAGAAAACAUACUUUAAAAAGGCAAUAAAAAAUUAUAUUGAGUAAAAAAAACUAUA